AUGACAAAGUUCAGAUACAACGAAUUUAGUGCAGUCCAGCCCGCUGCAAUUCCACCACAACCUCGUUCUCAUGUAUUCUGGCAGCCUCCCUCUACUGAUUUGUUUAAAAUCAACUACGAUGGUGCCACAUUUGAUUCGGAGAAUAAGUCUGGGAUUGGAUUUGUUAUUCGGGACUCAUGUGGCUUGGCUAUUGCAUCUCUUUCUCAACAGGUGCCACGGGUGUAUCAAGCAGCAGAAAUUGAAGCUUUUGCAGCAACCAGGGCGCUGGAAUUAUUUGCAACAGAAAUUGGGAUCGCUAAUGUAGUGUUGGAAGGGGAUUCAUGGUUGAUCUUUCAAGCCUUAUCCGCUGAAGUUCAGUCCUUGUCUCCCAUUGGUUUACUGAUUGAGGAUGUUAAAGUCUUUUACCAGCUGAUAAAUUACUUUAAUCUCAUACAAAGAGAGAAGUCAAUAAAGUUGCCUAUAGUUUAG